AUUGUUGUCUGUUAAUGAAAAUUAAGAUUUGAGACUUGGGUUGAGCGGUCACGAAGUGAAGAUUUAUUUCUGUUUGAGAUUGAUAAUUUCAAAAUAUAUUUUUAUAAAAAAAACCGUUAAUUCUAGUAGAGAUUAUUGUUCUAGGUUUAUAUGGUAUUUUGGUAUUCCUUAAAGUUUUUUAAUUGUCUGUACAAGAACAAAAACGAUGGUAACUGCAAUCACAUCUGAAAAAGAAUUUGAUGCCUUUAAAUCGAGCGGUUUAUCAAUCGUGCAUUUUUAUGCCGACUGGUCAGAGCCAUGUCAACACAUGAAUGGGCUUCUCGGUGAUUUGACGUCCGAAUUUAAGAAUGUGAGAUUCGGGAAAUGUUUGGCUGAAGAUUUAGCUGAAGUGUCAAUGAAGUACAAUGUUUCUGCUGUGCCAAAAUUUAUAUUAUUUUCUAAUGGUGUUCAAGUGGAUGCACUGGAUGGAGCUGAUGCUAUUCAAUUAAACAAAAAAAUUCAAUCAUUGUUGACAAAAUGCGGGCAAAAUAGUGAUAAAAAAAGCGAAGACAUAUCUUUGAGAUUAAAAUCACUAAUAAAUUCGGCACCAGUUAUGUUAUUUAUGAAAGGAUCUAAGUCUGAGCCUAAAUGUAAGUUUAGCACUGCAAUUGUUAAUCUGCUGAAAGAAAUCGGAGCCGAAUUCAGUACGUUUGAUAUACUACAAGACAAUGUCGUACGCGAACAAUUGAAAAUCUAUUCCAACUGGCCUACCUAUCCACAGUUGUACAUAAAAGGCGAAUUGAUUGGAGGAUUAGACAUUGUAAAGGAACUAAAAGAUAGCGGCGAACUCGACGAAUUGUUAAAACCAAAGAGCAGUAAAACUGAUCUCAAUGAACGACUAAAAUCGCUUACCAACAAAGCUAACGUUAUGGUGUUUAUAAAAGGUAACAAACAAAUGGCUCGCUGCGGAUUUAGUAACCAAUUGCUACAAAUCUUAAACCAAACGGGGAUUGAUUACGACACAUUUGAUAUUUUGUCUGACGAAGAAGUACGACAGGGACUCAAAGUGUUUUCCGAAUGGCCGACCUAUCCUCAAGUUUACGUGAAAGGAUCGCUGAUCGGCGGGUUAGACAUAAUAAAAGAACUCAAAGAAGCCGGCGAGCUGAUUGCUACUCUUAAAGGCGAACUUUAAUGUAAUCUUUAAACGAAAAUGUUCAUUAUUCCCAUUACCAAAUUUAAAUGAUGAAUGUAGCCUAGUAUAUGAUCGGUUUUUUUUUUUUUUUUCGGUGAUACAUUUUCAAUAAAUUCUAAACAAAGAAACAACACGUGUUCUUAUUGUGUAUUUGUUUAUAACAUUUAAUAAAACAUUUGGAAAAUAGUAAAAUAAAUUGAUUGAAGUUUUA